UGUUUUGUUUUUAAACAGAGAGUCGACGAAGAGGCAGUGGUGGAUCAAGGUGGGACCAGUAAUGUCGUUAAUAUUCAUUAUGAGAAAGAAGAGCUGGAAGGGCACAGAACGCUGUACGUUGGGGUACGGAUGCCUUUGGUGAGACAAAGCCACAGACAUCACAGGAAUCAUGGCCAAAAACAUAGGAAACGAGACCGGGCGAAGGGAGCCAUUCAAGAAGAAGAGCAGGAAUCUCAUGACACCCCGUCCCAGCGAGUUCAGUUUAUCCUUGGUAUGGAGGAGGACGAGGAGCACGUUCCCCAUGAUUUGUUCACAGAGCUGGAUGAAAUCUGUGUGAAAGAAGGAGAAGAUGCCGAAUGGAAGGAAACGGCCAGGUGGCUGAAGUUCGAAGAGGAUGUGGAGGACGGAGGAGAACGCUGGAGCAAACCCUAUGUAGCGACACUUUCAUUACACAGCCUCUUUGAGCUGAGGAGUUGCAUCAUGAACGGGACUGUCCUUCUGGAUAUGUGCGCCAACAGCAUCGAGGAAAUUGCAGAUAUGAUCCUGGAUCAGCAAGAACCAAGCAGUGAGUUUGAUGAAAGAAUGAGAGAGAGUAUCCGGGAUGCCCUCUUAAAAAAGCAUCACCACCAGAACGAGAAGAAGAGGAACAACCUCCUUCCGAUUGUCCGCUCUUUCACUGACGUCAGCAAGAAGCAGUCAGAUCUACACUUAUUGGACAAAACGGCAAUGCACACACCGUCUCCUCAACCUGGCACUACCAGUCUAGAAGUUAAAAACGGAGUGACCCACGACACUAGUCCUAUGGAUUUAAGCAAGGCGGAGCUUCAUUUCAUGAAGAAAAUUCCUACCGGAGCAGAAGCUUCCAACGUUCUAGUGGGAGAGUUGGAUUUCCUCCUUCGUCCCGUGGUGGCGUUUGUGCGUCUGACGCCAGCCGUCCUUCUCUCAGGCAUGACGGAAGUCCCGAUCCCAACGAGGUUCUUAUUUAUCUUGUUGGGACCAGAAGGGAAAGCACAUCAGUACCAUGAGAUUGGCAGGUCAAUGGCCACCCUCAUGACAGAUGAGAUUUUCCAUGACGUUGCUUAUAAAGCCAAAGACCGUGGUGACCUUGUAGCUGGUAUUGAUGAAUUCCUGGAUCAGGUGACGGUAUUGCCUCCUGGAGAAUGGGAUCCAUCGAUUAGAAUUGAACCACCAAAAAAUGUACCUUCCCAGGACAAGAGGAAGAUGCCAGGUGUCCCUAAUGGCACGGCUUGCCAUACUGAGCCAGAACAGCACAGUGGACCCGAACUUGAACGAACGGGAAGGCUCUUUGGUGGUUUGAUCAUGGAUGUGAAACGAAAAGCUCCUUGGUUCUGGAGUGACUUCAGGGACGCUCUGAGCUUGCAGUGCUUGGCGUCUUUCCUCUUUCUAUACUGUGCCUGCAUGUCCCCCGUGAUUACCUUUGGGGGGCUGCUUGGAGAAGCGACCGAUGGACAAAUAAGCGCAAUAGAAUCCUUAUUUGGUGCCUCGAUGACUGGAGUUGUAUACUCUCUGUUCGCUGGACAACCCCUCACUAUCUUAGGAAGCACUGGACCGGUGCUGGUGUUUGAAAAGAUUUUGUUCAAGUUCUGCAAAGACUACUCACUCUCCUACCUUUCCCUGAGAACCAGCAUUGGACUGUGGACUGCUUUCCUGUGCAUCGUCCUUGUGGCAACAGACUCCAGCUCCCUAGUAUGCUACAUCACUCGCUUUACUGAAGAAGCAUUUGCUUCUCUGAUCUGUAUCAUUUUCAUCUACGAAGCGCUAGAGAAACUGAUUAAGCUGGGGGUGACCUACCCCAUCCACAUGCACAGCCAACUCGACCACCUUACCUUCUACUAG